AAUAGAUAGAUUUCCUACAAACUAUUUCUUCUUUUUAUUUUGUUUCUCCUAUUACUUAUUAUAGUAUUAUAGCCAGGUGUGCGUGCGUGUAUAUCAAUCAAUCAUGUCAACCGAAUCACGCCUUUCGUCGUGGAUCUUGAAAAACAAUAAAGAUCUUCUCAGCUCCAAGUCAACCCGUCAGUCAUUACUGAUCACUCAGUGCCAUUAUGCAGCCAAUUCAACCAAGAGCUCGAACAUCCUAGUUCUCCUCCUGACAGACGGUCAAUAUUGGAUUCCUGCUCUAAUGGAUACCAAGAAGAUAAAAGAAGUAUUAGAAAUAUCUCAAGCACUAGAAAAUCAUCUGGCAAAACUCGUAGGCAUGGUGAUCAAUAUAUCAAAGACCAUGUUCGCUGUAUACAGAAGAGGUGAUGCACUUAGUCCACACUUGAUAGUCCAAGAAUAUGAACUAGCAGAGUUGAAGCAAAGCGGUCAACAAACGACUCCCAAAGAGAUCCAUGAACAUCCAGACAUCAAACUUUGGUUGGACGAACUACAAACAGCUAUGCCAGAUUUGGAACAAGAGUCGAUCAAUGAACUCUAUCCGUCCAAAGAUCGUAAAGAGAUUGAUGGCUUCUUGAAUCAAUACGAGUCUGUUGUUUCUGGAUUCGAGUACUUGAUGUUGCACUACUACAACGAAAUCAUAAAGACAAAUCUCAAACGAUCAAAUAAUAUUGAUCAUGUCAAGGAAUGGAGACAACGCAUGAAGACCAAUGCAAAGAAAAGAAAAGUGAGCACUUGGAACAUAAUCGAUAGCGGUAGAGACUUGUGGAAAGACAAAAUCGUAGAUAUGAUGAGUUUGAUAUACUUGGAUUACAAAAGUGAUGUAUCAUCUGAAAAAGACUUGAUAUUCGACUCUUAUCCGACUGAACACCAAGAGGCCAAGGAUGAUAAUGGUAAUGAUAAUGAGGAAGAAGUAUCUGGGCAAAUAAAAAUAGAAAACGAAUCUCAAACUGCCAUAGACCACAAAAGCCAUGAUUCUAAUACUAAAAAAUCCACUGAAGAUCAAGACACCCAGUUUUCAUUUGAUUCAAUCAAAAACAACACCAACAACACCAACAACAACAAUGCUACUACUAGCAGCUGGUCAAAAGUAGGCCAGAAUUCAUCUUCUUCAUCGAUUGAUUCAACUGAAUUUCUUUCCCCAGUUGAACUCCCGGGCUUGAAUACAGACCACGAUAUCUCUACAAACUCAAUAUUGGGACAAACGGAAGGAGUGGGCAGUUAUGAUUUUGAAAAUGUUUAA